AUGAAAGCUCACGUUCUAUUUAUUCUUGCGCUCAUACCCGCGUCGUCCGCUGUCGAUAGCUUGGGUUGUUUUUCCAAGAUCCCUUCUUCAUUCGUUUCCAAGGGUACAUAUACGUGGCAGACAAGUUCGUACUGUUCGUCCGAAUGUUCAUCAUAUAAGUACUUUGCUCUCAGUGGAGGCAAUGAAUGUUACUGCGGAGACGACAAGCCAACAUCAUCCACCUCUUCCAGCAGUUGUAAUGUGAAUUGCGUGGGUUAUCCGCAAGAGAAAUGCGGUGGAGACGGUGCCUAUACCGUGUACGGAACAGACGACAGUGACGAUUCCGACUCGUCGUCGUCUUCGUCUGCUGCCUCAUCAUCCACGGCCUCGUCUUCGUCCGCCGAAUCCAGCUCGACCUCUGUGUCUUCUUCUACAGCUUCUUCCUCUACCAUAUCGUCAUCCUCGAGCUCAUCAUCAAAUAACGCACAAACAACAGUCACACAAAGCAGCUCGACACAAAGCAGCUCCAGCACCGCCGCCAGCAGCUCCACAACGUCAGAAAGCUCUUCUUCUUCCGAGGCCGCAGCAACAACAAGCUCAUCUUCGUCCACCGAGCAGUCGUCCACAACAUCAGAGAACUCGAGCACCUCCUCGCCGUCCAUGACAGCACAGGUGCUCACCUCCACAGUCAGCCAGGACGGGUCCAAGGAAACGUCGGUGAUCUACGUGACACAAUCGACCCCAAUUGCCUCAGCUUCCGCGUCCGCAUCUGCCUCUAGCGGAAGCUCGAACUCGAAAUCGUCCUCGAACAAAGGUGCCAUCAUCGGAGGUGCAGUGGGCGGAGCAGUGGGUGCUUCGAUGAUCAUUGGCCUGAUCUUCUUCCUCAUCUUCAGAAAGCGCGGGGAUAACGCUGACGACACCGCAGUGGACGAUCUCGCAUACGAAGAGGCUCUCAAGUCAAACCGCGACCCAUUUGCCUCUCCUGACGAUGAUAUGUAUUCCUCUGACAACUCCAACUCCGGGUCUGGACGAAUAAUGCUCGGCAGAAGACGGUUGAGUGACGGGUCGCUUGCCGAUGCUGCUGACUACUACAAAAAAGUGCUCAAGGUGGCCAACCCCGACGACGACAAGAAUUAG